UUUCCCAGGGCGGUAGGUGGAGACUGGAGCGCCACAGCAGAGUGGAGUCGGUAACCAGGCAGCUGCCGUGUCUCUGUCGGCUAGCCUAGCUCGUAAACAGCGGCAAAACAAGCCCCGGCUGUGUCUGUGAGAAUGUAAUGACUGAACACGUCGUUGUUUCGACUGAUAGAAGAGACAGUGUCCGCCAUUGUUCCUCUUGUCAUUUCCACUACAUGUGUUGUGUUCCCGCUCAGGACCCGUGUCUGCGAUACACUGAGGCACUGCUGCUGCCUACAUGAGCUAACCUCUCAACUGUCUGCAAAGACAAAAGCAACACUUUCACUCACACCUCAGAGAGGAGUGUGUCCGGCUGCUAACGUUACCGUUAUGAAGACAGAAGCUUCCAGCUGACACACAGUCGUCCGGCGUUGGAUGUCUCGUCGCCUGCCUCUGAGGUCGGAGGCCAGUUGGAGUCGGGAGGUGGGUCCUCAGCAGCAGCAGUAAUGCGUGCUUCAGUGGCAGGCUGCAGGAUGAGUGUGGGUGCACUCCUAAACGGGCUUCUGGUCUCCGUAGUUGCUGCUCUGCUUUGGAAGUAUUCCAAGCUGAGUGAGCAUGCCGCCUUGUUGGAGGAAGAGCUGCACAUGACACGGCAGUCCCAGGAGCUCUCACAGGCCCGUAUAGACUACCAUGUUGCCCUACAGGCUCUUCAGGAACACGGCACAAGAAUGGUCUGCACUGGCAAGAUGCACACCGACCGCAUCUGCCGCUUUGACUACCUAUGUUACUGCUCCGAGGCAGAGGAGUUUGUUUUCUUUCACUCCAAUUCCUCUGUCAUGUUGCCUAACCUGGGGUCUAGGCGCUUCCAACCUGCCCUGCUGGACUUGUCCUCAGUAGAGGAUCACAACACCCAGUACUUCAACUUCUUAGAGCUCCCAGCUGCUACUUUAAAGUUUAUGCCCAAGCCUGUGUUUGUACCAGAUGUGACACUGAUCCUAAACAGGUUUAAUCCAGACAACCUAAUGCACGUGUUCCAUGAUGACCUGCUCCCAGCCUACUAUACUAUGAAACAGUAUUCAGACUUAGAUGAUGAAGCCCGCCUGGUUUUUAUGGAGGGCUGGGGUGAAGGCCCACACUUUGACCUCUACAGACUUCUCAGCGGCAAGCAGCCACUGCUCAAAGAACAGCUUAGGAACUUUGGCAAACUUAUGUGUUUUACGAAAUCCUACGUCGGCUUGUCCAAGAUGACCACCUGGUACCAGUACGGUUUUGUCCAGCCACAGGGGCCCAAAGCCAACAUGUUGGUAUCAGGUAACGAGAUCCGUCAGUUUGCCAAAGCUCUAAGGGAGAAAAUGAACAUCACGAGGGUGGAGGAGAUAGAGAAGGAUGGAGGGAGUGCAGAAGAUGAGAAAGAGAAGAAGGAUGAAUACAUUGUUGUGUUUAGUCGUUCAACAACAAGGCUGAUAUUAAAUGAAGCAGAGUUAAUCAUGGCGCUGGCCCAGGAGUUCCAGAUGAGAGUGGUCACAGUAUCGCUGGAGGACCAGUCUUUCCCCAGUAUCGUCCAGAUGAUCAGCAGUGCUACCAUGUUAGUCAGUAUGCAUGGAGCUCAGCUGAUCACCUCACUGUUCCUUCCCAGAGGAGCUGUUGUGGUGGAGCUGUUCCCCUUUGCUGUGAACCCAGAACAGUACACCCCGUAUAAAACCCUUGCCUCCCUUCCAGGCAUGGACCUUCAUUAUAUCUCCUGGAGGAACACGAAGGAGGAGAACACCAUCACCCACCCAGACAGACCCUGGGAACAAGGGGGCAUCGCUCACUUGGAGAAGGAGGAGCAAGAGCGAAUACUGUCAAGCAAAGAUGUCCCGAGGCACCUGUGCUGCCGCAACCCUGAGUGGCUUUUCCGGAUCUACCAAGACACCUUGGUGGACAUCCCUUCUUUUCUGGAAGUCCUGAAAGAAGACAUGAAGACAAAGCCCAGCUUUAAGAAGACAAAGCCGGCCAGUACGGUCCAUCCAGGCCGGGUCAGAGAACCCCAGUGUCAGACCUCAGUACAAACCACUAAUGAAGCUAAACUCACAGUCUCCUGGCAGAUCCCAUGGAAUCUGAAAUACCUGAAGGUCAGAGAGGUGAAGUAUGAGGUGUGGAUCCAGGAGCAGGGAGAGAACACCUACAUGCCUUAUAUCCUUCCUCAGCAGAACUACACUUUUUCAGAGAACAUUAAGCCCUUCACCACAUACCUGGUGUGGGUCAGGUGUAUCUUCAACAAAAACCUUCUGGGCCCCUUUGCAGAUGUUCUUAUGUGCCGGACUUAGUACUAACACCUUUCCAGUUUCAUGCUGUGCGGUUUUACACAAAAGUUGAGCCAUGCUUGUUCCAGACAAUCAAAUUGGAAAAGUGGGCCGUUUGAUUACAGUCUGAAACUCAUUAUGGAUUAUCUCUACAAUCCUAGAACAGGCUGUUGAACUCUUGCACAGUGAUGUUUCCCCGGCCAGCACAAAGAAUAUGGAACAGACCUCUUGAUGAACAGCAAAUGACUUGAACUACAGGUUCAGAACUCAACGGCAACAGCAGUAAAUGAAUGGAAAGUCCUGUAGCUAUGAAUGAAUGGUAGAAUGAAAUAUAAAGAAAGUGCUAAACAACGACUCCACUGAAAAUACCAGAAUUCUCUAAAUCAGCAGAUUUAUUUAUGUGCAGAAUAAUAUAUAACAUGUUUUUUAGUAUUAGUCAAAACACUGAUUCUUUACCUUUUACAGUAUGCAAUAUAGCUUUUCUGUGGAGAGCGAGAGAGAUUUUAGAAUAGCAAGAUUUUUUAUGUUUUCAGACUUGUCCAGUGUGUGCGUUUGCGUGUGCGUGCGCGCGUGCGUGCGUGUUAGAUACCUGUGUGGCUUAGUUUACCUACCAACUGUUUAAUUACACACACUGUUUUUUGCAGAACCUAGCCAAAACCAAAGCAACUUUUUCCACAUAGUUUCAGCCAAUCAUCAUUCAUGCCAUAUUGCUUUCUCAUGCUCUAGAUCUCUCUUAUACUGUUUGCUAGGAACUAAACCCGUUUCUAAGGACACUGUGAAGGAUUUGUGUGAAAGUUGAGCAAGAAUUCUCACGAUUGUCACAGUAAUCCAUGUUUUUGACCCUGAAAGCGAACAUAUGUGUAAUUUUAGAACACUUUUUUUGGAACAUGUUGUGAUUAAAGACCACGCUAUCUUUAAAUUGUUCCUUUUACAAGUGUUAUUUCCACUGUUGUGCACAGCCACAAAUAAUUAACAUUCGUUUUUCUGCAUAAAUAAAUGAUUUUUCUCUAAUUGGCACUAAUUACAACUGUAAUAAUUAUAAUGUUCUGUGGAGAGUGAAUCUAUUACACCAGGCUAUAAUUAGAGUAAAGCUUCCUGUAAGCAUCAGUAUGCUGCUGGACUUACUGGUCUGAUCUUAGCGCCUUGUGUAAAAGCAUUUUCAUUAAGAUAACAAGGUGUGGUGCAGCGCGGGAUCCAACCGCCUUGUGUAAAACUCUUAAUUAUAAUAGAAAUUCCCAGCUAUGUGUCUUCUUACUCUCCUCGGGGGGCUUUCUAGCUGAUAAGAAGAAGCCUGCUGUUGGAUUCUGCGUCCAAAGUCGGCUGUUGAAGUUGUUUUUGUGUCUUUUUUGCUAAUGAAGUGCUGCUUGCUCAUAGCUAGGCUGCAAAAAUGUAUUUAUUUUUUAGACACUUGAAUUGGAGGCGUAGGUACGUAUGUGGUAUUAGAUAUGUAGCAAGAGAUGGUUUAUGGGAUGGCACAAAUGAAACAAAACACUGCCAUCAGCAUAUUGUUAUAUUGUGCCAUUGUUAAGAUGAUGUCAUGUAUUUCAUAUCUCCGACCGGUCCUCUAAACAUUACUUUGCCCUCUGGCCGCUCUAAAGCUCCUUUUCCUUUACCUGACAUCUUAAAUUUGACAUAUUCGCUAUCCUUCAGUUUUUUUCCCUUACUGAUACGUUGUUUUUUUUCCCCCCAAAGUUCUGUCGAUGCAUGUUUAAGAGAUUAUUUGAAGCCAUUGUUCUGCGUGCAGGAUGUGAUUGUUUAGAUAUCUAUGUGUUUGUAUCGUUGGUUAGAUUUCUGUGUGCCCCUGCCCCACCUCAGUGGAGACAUCAUUCUGUAUGUGCUGAGUGAAAUGAGAGUCUCUGUUUUCUAUUAGCAGAUAGUUUGAGUUUCUUUUUCAGUGACUGUGAUUGAAUAAAGAAGCUUAUUUCUUA